GUCUCCCACCCCGCACCAUGGCCGAGCCGCCUGGCUGCUGUGAACGCGUUGCCAUCAACGUGGCCGGUCGGCGUUUCGAGACCCUGGGUCGGACCCUCCUCCGUUUCCCCGACACCCUCCUCGGAGACCCCCGGCGCCGCCGCCGUUUCUUCGACCCCCAACGCCGCGAGUAUUUCUUCGACCGACACCGGGGAGCCUUCGGGGCCGUCCUUUAUUACUACCAAUCCGGAGGGAGGCUGCGCCGACCCCCCGACGUCCCGCUGGACGUUUUUUUGGAGGAAUUGAGAUUUUAUCAAUUGGGACCCGAAGCCGAAGAUCGCGUCCGAGAAGCCGAAGGUUUGGGGCUGGAAAUGCCGCGGCCGCUGCCCCGAGGUCGGCUCCGUCGCAGGGCUUGGCUGCUUUGCGAGCAUCCCGAAAGCUCCCCGGCAGCCCGAGCCGUCGCGCUGCUCUCCGUCCUCAUCAUCCUCGUCUCCAUCGUCGUCUUCUGCCUCGAGACCCUCCCCCAAUUCCGGGCUGGGGGCGAA